CGACAGAUUAUCCAUUAAUGAAUGUAGGGGGGAAUAAGGCACAAUCAUCAACAUUUCAUAAUAUAGGGCCACAACAUCACAAUGCAAUUAAAUCUUUAAACGAGACUUUUAAGUUAAAUACCUGGAUAACGAUGAAAGCUUUAAAUGUUCUUUUUGAUGAAUUUCCCGAUAAUGCUAAAGAACUUGAUGAUGAAUUUAAUGGAUCUGGUAUCCAGGGAAUUUUUGACAAAUUGGUCAUGAUAGAUUCCAAUUAUUUCAUUUCUGGACCCAAAGGUUGUGCGCACGUAAAAUCAAAGUUCUCCGAAAAAAUUAAAGAAGCGAGGAUAAAAUUAAUGCAAGAGGAGGAUUUCAAUAUUUUAAAUGAUAUUACUCGUUGGCCUUUAGAUUAA